CUUAUUUUCCGUUGUCUUGGUAACGGUUUUCCCUGGAUUUUAUUGUCAAAAGAAAAAUUAAGGAAAAUAAGCUAAACUAAACAAGAAUGUUUCGCCGUGGAAAAUUAUCGUUUCUGAAUACCAAAGAUGAUCGCAUCAAACUAAUAACGGAGCGCAUAAACAUAACAGAGCGACAUUUAUUGGAGAUGUGUUCUUCAUUUGCUUUGGUGACGAGGAAAAUGGCCAAAUACCGCGACUCCUUCGAUGAGCUGGCCAAGGGUGUUAAGAGUUAUGCCGAUGACGAGGAAAUCAAUGAAAGUCUCUGUCAAGGACUGAAAAGUUUCACGAAUGCGGUCACAAUAAUGGGCGACUAUAUGGACAUCAAUGUGCACCGAUUGGAACACAAGAUUGUAAACGAGCUCUCGCAGUUCGAGCAGCUCUGCAAGUCCACACGGGAAAAUUUACGUCUUGCUGUUAUAGCCCGGGAUAAGGAGGUUCUACGUCAACGACAGAUGCUGGAGCUUAAGUCAAAGUUUUCAGCCAAUAAUAGUGCCGCAGAUUCCGAGUUGUUUAAAGCCAAAAUGGAGGUACAGCGCACCAACAAAGAGAUCGACGACAUCAUUGGGAACUUCGAGCAGCGGAAAAUAAGGGACUUAAAGCAGAUAAUCUCUGAUUUUAUCCUGAUCUCCAUGAAGCAGCACACCAAGGCCUUGGAGGUCCUUUCCGCUAGUUACUAUGAUAUUGGGAGCAUUGAUGAACGCGACGAUUUCCUGGAGUUCCAGAAGCUGAUGAAAAGCAAGGAGGAGCCCACUUCCCGAAAGGCGGCCCUAAAGAAGGGUUUGCGUUCGCAGUCUAUGGAUAGUUUGGAGCAUGAGCACCUGGUCAGUCCGCUGAAGAGGCGCCAAAGGUUAUCCAGGAGUAGCAAGAAUCUGGCCGGUGCCGGAAUCAGUCAUGGCAGUAAAACGGAACCAGAGGAGGAAACUGAUGAACAGGAAGAAGAUGAUGAUGACGAAGAUGAUGAAACCGAGCAAAGUGGAGAGGAAGAAGAGGAAUCUGGAACCGCAUCAGACGAUGAAAGGGAGCCCACCCAGCCGAGCAGCCAGCUCACUUCUCGCGAGAAUGUCUUUGGGGCCAAGAUACGAUCCGCUGCCAAAGAUGCAGCCACGCCCUCGUCAGGCGCGAGUGCAACUGCUGCUCCUUCGAAACCGACCAGGCAGACAGUCAAACAUCCUUUCAAGGCUGUGGCAUCCACCCAUGUAAGAUUGCAGAAGCAGUUUCAUGUACCCCAACACUAGUACUGAAAUUCUCAAACCAGAAUUCAUAUCAGUAUUGCAGGCUAUACUAGUCACACAUUCUAAAUAAAAAAAAUAAAAUAAAAUCCAACUUAUCAUAAAUUAAAAACCAAGAAAAGAAUAUCUUAAUCGCUCUGCUUAGGCCCUUAUUUUUAUUGUUUUUACAUGCAGUUCCAAAUGAUUUAUGUUAUCAUAUCUUAUUGUUUUAUCACGAAACAUUUGUAAGCUUUAAAAAAAAAGGAUAGUGUUUUGCCAGCAGAAAAGGGGCAGAGCAGCGGAAGAACUUUGGCAGAGGCUUUAAUAACUCAAAACCUUAUAAAAUAAUAGCAUUAUAAAUGCUAUAACAUUAUAAAUUAUGUGUUAAAACAAAUUCGUUCCAAAGAUAAUAUAUUCUCAAGCAUGCGUUGUUUAAGCAAUUAAAAAUAUAUCGUUCGCCCAAACUAUUCGACUAGCGGAUAAGUCUACUUAACGAAUCCAUUUUAAAAGUAGCCCCUAACUUACCUAGUUUUAGCUUGCAUUCAACGCUGAUUUGCAUACACUUUAAUCGCCACGCCUCACGAUUCUUAUUAUUUGUCCCAGAUAAACA